ACAAAACGGGGUAGUCUGAGCUGUUGCGGCAGGCACUGUGAAGUAGUUGAGGAAAAUCUGAAAUCAUCUGAUUUUAUACAAUAUACAACUUAAAUAAUUUUAUCUAUUUUGGUUCAUGAUAUAGCGGCCGACUUAAACUCGGAGAGAUUUGCCAGCACAAGACAACGAGAGACGAAAGAAGUGCGUAUUUGUCUACACCCCGGAAUCGCUGCUGCGGUCCUACCUAGCUAACGUUAGCUAGCAAUAGCAGCACAGACCGGGGCCCAGUGACUUUCCCAGGCAAGAGGGAAUUUGAGGAUUUCUGUUUCAAAUUCUUAAAACAAACUUAAGCGCAAUGGCUUGCGGGGCUACUCUGAAAAGGACUCUUGACUUUGAUCCGCUUAUGAGCCCGGCUUCUCCUAAAAGGAGGAGGUGCGCUGCGGUCAUGUCUCCGGUCUCUUCACCACAGAAGUAUCUACGUAUGGAGCCUUCACCUUUCGGGGAAGUGUCGUCUAAACUCACCACAGAGCAAAUUCUACACAACAUCAAACAAGAAUACAAGCGGCUGCAGAAACGACGACACCUGGACAGCGCUUUCCAGCAGGCAGAUGGCUGCUGUCCUCUGGACCUGCAGAAUAUUCACAGUGGAUCUGCCCUUCCAGGUACGUCCUCAGGUGCCUCGUCUCCUACCAGAAAAGAGCAGCCUUUAUUUUCCCUCAGACAGGUUGGAAUGAUCUGUGAAAGACUACUGAAAGAACGAGAGGACAAAAUCCGUGAAGAGUACGAUGAGAUAUUGACAACAAAGCUUGCAGAGCAAUAUGAUGCAUUUGUCAAGUUCACACAUGACCAACUCAUGCGAAGGUUCGGAGAACAGCCUGCAAGCUAUGUUUCCUGAGUCUCAACAUUGGAUAUUGGGGAAUACCAUUUGCUGCGAGCUACUCCAGGGACUAAGUGGGUCUAGUUGGACUUUUCUCCUAGCUGUGCCAUAUCGCCUCUAUGUGGACUUACUGCCUCAGGCAUCAGUUAGUGGCAUCCACGUUUGCUGUGUCUAUCAGAGUUAGGAGGGCUUCCUGCUGCCAACGUGUCCGAGGAUUUUCUGUGACUCUACCAGUGGCCUCUUAUCUGCCGUGUCAAUAUUUAUUUGGCUUUAUUCUGAUGCCUUCAUAAAAGUCUGACUGCCAACCAUACACUUGGCCUUUUGAUUUGAUUUUAUUUCUCUGUCGGAUUUAGUUAUAUCACAGAGAAGAUGUUAGUUGUGCAGCUUCUCUAUAUGUACGUUUUGAAAAAGGGAUUUGGACUUUGAGGAGUGGGGAAACCAAGGCCACCUUCAGACUGCACUCCAGAGACAGGCGUCUUCUUUUUUUUUUUUUUUUUUUUUUAACAUUGUUUUAAACUGUACUGGUAAUUACUGCUAUUACAUUUGUAUACACUGUACUUUUUCAAUUUUUUUUGCUUGACUUUUGAUCAUUGUACCAAAAUUUCAUGACUUUAUUUGCUGUAGGUAUCAAGGGGCUUUGAUUCAAGAAAAGUGAACAAAUAAAGUGUUUACACUAA